GGCGGGUUGUGUAACUCGCGAUAUUCUUGUAUAAUUCAACUCCAGUUUCGCUACGUUGACAGGGGUCUGAAAUAUCUCUAUGUUUAGCAAAUAUGGCUGCCUUAAAUUGGUUAAAGCGCAUAUCUAAAGGGGCCUUUGUUGUAGCUGGUGUCAUUUCUGUGAGCACAGGAGUUGCUGUUGGUGCUGACAUGUCCCAUCUGCGAUGGUCUGAGUCACAUACUAUCGGUUCAGCAACCAAACAUUAUCUUACCUUAAGGUUAAUGAAGUUUUUAGGUGCAUCUAUGAGCAGUAAAAUUGACAAGGAAUCUGAAGACUUUAUGAAGGUGCAAGAAGAAUUUCUGAUGAAUGUCCUAAAGGAAAAUGGAGGAACAGACUAUGGUAAAAACAUGAGGUUUACAGAAAUGAACUCAAUAAACAAUUUCUGCAAGUUGCAUCCUCUUACAAGAUAUGACCACUUUGAGGACUAUGUAGAGAAAAUUAAAAAAGGAGAAGAGAAUGUAUUAACUGCUAAAAAGCCACAG